UGAAAGCGUCGGAAUUGUAAAUUUGGAUCUGGAGACAGUUCACAAACACUGAAAGAGAACCCAACACUUCAACCGCAAAUCAGUUGAUAAGUCAAUCAGUUCGCUUGCUUCAUCGGCGUUUCUCCCCUGAAUCCUGUUGGUAAUAUUGGAUCUGCAUUUUGUGGAGUUCGAGCCUUACCAGAGACUCCAAUCCUCUUAACUAUCACUAUUAUUACUGAAGGCAUUGAUGGAGCCUGAGAAUCCAGAAGAGGCGACUGUGGUGGCAGGUCUCCUCCCCCUAGCUUCCGCCUCUCAGCAACCCUACGUUUCAGAGCUUCUAUCUUUCACCCUUGAUCGCCUACACAAGGAGCCAGAGCUUCUUCGGGUCGAUGCCGAGCGAAUUCGUCGGCAAAUGCAAGAGGUGGCGGUUGGGAAUUACCGUGCGUUUAUUGCCGCUGCCGAUGCAUUGCAGUCAAUUCGAGAGCAGAUCACGGCUGUCGACAAACAUCUUGAAUCGCUGAUAACUGAGGUUCCAAAGCUUACAUCUGGUUGCACUGAGUUCAUUGAUUCUGCACAACAGAUUUUGGAGAAGAGGAAGUUGAAUCGAACACUACUAGCCAAUCAUAGUACUUUGCUUGACUUGCUUGAAAUUCCCCAGCUUAUGGACACAUGUGUAAGGAAUGGAAACUAUGAUGAAGCCCUUGAUUUAGAAGCCUUUGUUUGCAAGCUAUCAACAAUGCACCCAAAGGUACCUGUCAUUCAAGCAUUAGCAGCAGAAGUUAGGCAGACCACCCAAUCUCUUCUUUCUCAGCUUCUCCAAAAACUUCGAUCAAAUAUUCAGUUGCCAGAGUGUCUACGUAUUAUUGGAUAUCUACGGCGUAUAGGAGUAUUCGCCGAAUCUGAAAUGCGUCUACAGUUCUUGAGAUGUAGAGAAGCAUGGCUAGCAGGCAUUCUUGAUGAUCUGGACCAGAGAAAUGUCUAUGAAUAUUUAAAAGGAAUGGUGAAUUGUCAUCGUAUGCAUCUUUUUGAUGUUGUUAAUCAAUACAGGGCCAUAUUUGCCGAUGAUACAUCUGGAAGUGAAGAAAAUUAUGAUGGGGGACUUCUUUUUAGUUGGGCUAUGCAUCAGAUUAGUUCUCAGCUUAAGACUCUAAAGACCAUGCUCCCCCAGGUUACUGAAGGCGGGUCACUGUCAAAUAUAUUGGAUCAGUGCAUGUAUUGUGCCAUGGGCCUUGGCUGGGUCGGACUGGAUUUCAGAGGCUUGCUUCCAUCACUCUUUGAAGAUGCAGUGCUCAACUUAUUCUCGAAGAAUAUGAAUACAGCAGUUGAGAAUUUCCAGUUAGUAUUGGAUUCGCACCGUUGGGUCCCAUUACCAGCUGUUGGGUUUUCGGUCAAUGGUGCCACCGAGGACAGUCAGGAGGAUGUGACUCCUCCUCCUUAUUUAAUGGAGCAUCCACCUCUUGCUGUUUUUGUUAAUGGUGUCUCAGCAGCUAUGAAUGAACUACGGCCUUGUGCCCCAGUAAGUUUGAAACAUGUGUUGGCUCAAGAACUUGUCAAGGGAUUGCAAGCUGUCUCUGACUCAUUAAUGAGGUAUAAUGCGUCUAAGAUGCUCCGAGCAAACGAGUCUGUACUUUUUCUCUCACUCUGCCGAGCUUUCAUAGAGGUUGCUUAUCCACAUUGUGCAACAUGCUUUGGGCGGUGUUAUCCUGGUGGAGCUGCUCUGAUCACGGAAUCAAAGAGUUUGUUUGAUGGCAUUAGUAAGUUAUUGUCAGUCUCUGCAGCAAGAGAACUCCCCAAACCUGUUGACACUACAGAGGGAAAGCAUAUUACAGAGAAUGGUGGAGAAAUGCCGGUGGCAGAUAAUGGUGUUCUGCCUGUCACUGCUACAGAUGAAGGUGGGCAGGAUACGAAGCAGACUGAUGAAAAGAAAGAGUGAGAUGUAAAGGUUUGUAUGAUGAAGUGAAUUUUUUGAAAUCCAUGUAAAUUUUGAGGAAGCCACAUGUCUUUUCGGCCUAUAUAGGGUUGUCUCGUUCUGGCGGGAAAGGAAAAAUACAGGUAACCUUAAUUUGGUAGAGCAUGAUAAUAUUGUUAAGAGACCAACAUAUCCGCUGUGUCCCAUUUAUUCCAUGAGCGUCAACUGAUGCCUUUGGACCAA